GCAGCCCGUUGCAGGUGCCAUGGGGCUGUGCUUCCCCUGCCCCGGUGAGUCUGCGCCUCCCUCUCCAGACCCGGAAGAGAAAAGAGCAAAGCUUGCAGAGGCUGCAGAGAGAAGGCAAAAGGAGGCUGCAUCUCGGGGCAUCUUGGAUGUUCAUUCUGUAGAAGAAAAGAAAAAGAAAAAGGAAAAAAUGGAAAGACAGAUGGCUACUUCUGGACCCCCUUCAGAAGGUGGACUUAGAUGGACAGUUUCGUAAAGGGUGACGACACAAGAGGAAGGAUCUACUGCCAGUAACCAACAUCUGCAAUCAAAUGGACGCCCUCAAUAUUGUGGCUUCUCUGUGAAUAAAGGAAGAUUCAGACUUUGUCAUUUUAGUCCCUUAAGUGUAGAAGUGCUUCUUCAGUGUUGACAUACUGACAAUGCUUUCGGCUUUCAGGCAUAGAAAAUAGCCACACCUUCCAUUAAAUAUUUGUCCCCUUUGCUGUCCCUCUGUAGGUUGUGCAUGACUGGGUAUUUCUGUAGUUCUUGAAACGCAAACAUGUCGAGCAGUGCACGAUGACGACGCACAUGUCUCAGAGAGGAAAGAUUGCAAGUGUAGUUUCCGUUUUUAUAAAAGAAUCUAGCUAGUUAUUCCCAGUUGUGCUACUUAGCUUCUAUGUCUUUGCAUUUCUUGGUGGAUCUCUGAAGACUUAUCUGAAGGGCUGAUGUGAAAGAGCUUUGUAACUCUUUGAUGACUUACUAGUGGGUAGUCACUGUUCCCGCAGCUGAUGAACUAACAGGGUGUACCUUACAUUAUAAUGAAGUGUUUCUUUUUAUGCUUGUUGAAUUCGAAGUAUUUAUUAGUGGUGCCAUCAGAAGGCAGUGAGGUUCUAUUGUGAUAUCAGAUUCAUCCCUUAAAAAGAUCUUUUCAGCAAUCAAGUAAGUGAAGUGAAGAAUCUGGAGAGUUUAUGUAAUCAGUUAUAUCUUUGUCCAAAUUUCAUAGCUAUCUAUAUUAUUUUCUAUUUAUAAAGAAUAAUCAUGAAAUUUAUACAAAUGUGAAAUUGCAGUAUGAAUACGAAUGUAUAGAAAAGAAACAUUGUAUUAUAUUUAUAAAAGGUCUACUUUAAACAAAUAUAUUAAAAGGUAAUUCUAUUAUGAUGCUUAGUUAUAAACUUAUCUUUCUGUCUAAGAGUCACAUGGAUUCUACAACAUUUGUUAUUUUUUUAUUUUUUACUUAUUUAAAAAAGGAGAUAUUGACAAAACUGUAGGAUAAGAGGGGUAUAACUCCUGUCCCACCACCAGAACUCCAUAUCACAUCCCCUCCCCUGAUAGCUUUCCUAUUCUUUAACCCUCUGGGAGUAUGGACCCAGGGUCAUUGUGGGGUGCAGAAGGUAGAAGGUCUGGCUUCUGUAAUUGCUUCCCCGCUGAACAUGGGCAUUGACAGGUUGAUCCAUACUCCCAGCCUGCCUCUCUCUUUCCCUAGUAGGGUGGAGCUCUGGGGAAGAGGGGCUCCAGGACACAUUGGUGGGGUCAUCUGUCCAGAGAAGUCUGGUCAGCAUCAUGGUAGCAUUUGUGUUUUUGAACUGUCCUUUCAAAUGUAUGUCGUGUGAAAAUAGAUUUUCUCUACUCAUGAACUAUUCUUCUGAACGGCAAAUUGCAGUCUGAGCUCUAAAUAAAAAUUUAUAAUUCUUCAA